AUGGCGUCGCGGGGGCUGGCGCUGGCGUGCUACCGCGCGAUCCUGCGGUGGGGCGAGGCCGCGCGUGGCACGCCGUUCCGCAUAAAGCGGGACCACCUGGCGGAGCUGUCGCCCGCGCUGGCGGAGGCCUACGUCGCGGUGCACGACGUGGACACGCUGCGCAGCGUGGCGAGGUGGGCCUUCAAGGAGCAUAGGGAGGCCAAGGAUGCAGAAGAGCAACAAGCUAUUGCAAGCGCAUUGGAGGCUGUGCGAUUGCUGAAUGCCGAGUACAGUCCACUGGUGAAGGACCUGCAAGAUAGGAGGUUGGCAAACACCGACAGGAAGGGAGUAACCUUUCGAGUUGGAGAUGUUGUUGAGAACAUCAAGGAGGGAUAUCAUGGCAUCGUGCUGGGUUGGGAUCGUGUCUGCAAGAAGCCAGCAAUGGUGAAAUACAAGAACCUAAGAUUUGAUCAGCCCUUUUACAGCAUCCUUCCAGAUCAACACGAUUCUGUCAGGGCAUAUGGAAUGCCACGUGUGUAUGCAUAUGUUGCUCAGGAGCAUGUCCAGCGUUCUGCAAAGCCCAAGCAAAUAGCCAGUUGCAAUAUGGGGAACUACUUCGAGGCAUACAGUGGCCUGCAGGGAAGGUACAUCCCAAGAUACAGCCUCCGGUUUGAGUAUCCUGACGACUACGAGGCGCAUGACGCAGUGCCCCUUGAGGGUGGGACAGACAUCGCUGAUCAAGGCAAGAAGGCAAGACCCAAGAAGAAGUCGCUGAGCACUGGCCUUGCCACUGGGAGGGCUCCAAGGAGGGCCAAAAAGGCAGUGAUGGAGGAGAAGGUAGCCCCAUGA